CUGAAUCACCACAAAGAUGUUGUCAUCAUGGCAAACCAGCAUUUCACAGCUCAAACUCUUCAGAGCUUCCUGUGUGGUGCGCAGUUUGUCAGUUCGAUCAGAAGGAGUGCAGACUGACUGCUCUUCUGGCAGCUAAAUCUAAACAAGCAGAACCAACGAUCCAAAUGUCAAACCCAGUGGUUACCAAUCAACCAGGUGCAGGCGGCUAUGGGACAAAUGUCCAAACUGGGGAGUGGAGCACUGGCCUGUGCUCCUGCUGCAGUGACAUAUUGAUCUGUGCUCUUGGUUGCUUCUGUCCAAUUGCAUUGAGCUGCUACACAGCGAAUAAAUAUGGAGAAAACUGUUGCUUGGGUUGUGUGCCGGGAGGCACAACAGCCAUGAGGACUCACAUGAGACUGACCUAUGGUAUUCAGGGGACAAUAUGCAACGAUGCCUUGAUGACAUUUUUCUGCGGACUUUGUGAGGUGUGCAGGAUGGCACGAGAAAUCCGCAUCAGGAAUGGAGAAGUUUCAUCAUAACAGCAAUAAAGGAUUCUGACCCACUAUGUGUCUCGUUUUAUACUGAUAAGAUCAUUUCUCUAUUGCUGUAAAGCCUGGCUUUCAUUGAAACAAUAAAGAAACCACUACAAAAUUUCAUUUAAAAACAUUUAACAUUCAAUUAAGUUCGGAAUUUCAAUAAAAAAUAUUGUUAUAGACAAAACAAGAGAAGUUUCAUUAAAAACAAUACAUUUGAUUUAUCCUGUGAACCAGGUUCUAUCAAGAUUAAAAAUGAUAUUGAUGGAAAGUGUGUCGACAACAAUUCAAAAGAGAAAUCAUGUAUAUAGUUUCAUUACAUCUUUUGUUUUUCUUUGUCAAUUCAUGUACUUAUUUGUUGAUCAAAUAUUCAUUUUAUGGUUUGAACACGAUACAAUAAAAAAAAGGAAAACAACAUUCAAGAUGAAGCCUUUUGUACAACACUGUCAAUAAAAAAUAUGAUUGUU